GCUGCCUGCGCUUUACUCUCUCCUCUCUGUGUUUUUUCCUAUAAUCUCUGUCAGACAGCAUCCUUUAGAGAGCGCACUGAGUCCUGGCUCAUUCAUCCUGACCACGGUGGGACCCAUGUUGAGUGUGCGCACCGGCGUUUCCAGAAAAUGUGCCCGUCCCCUGGAUCCAAGCCGAGCCCGGGUUCUCUCACCGAAGCUGGGAAACUCUUCCUGAAACACACCACCCUGCACGGCUUGAGGCACAUCUUCCUCAGCGGCUCAUACCCGCGGAGAGUUGCGUGGCUGCUGGCGUUCCUGGCGGCCGUGGCUCUGUUCUUCACCUGGUCCUCCAACAGAGUGCGGUACCUCCUGACUUCGCCCAUGUACACCAAGGCGCACAUGGUUUACGCCAAGCGGCUGGUUUUCCCCGCCGUCACCAUCUGCAACCAGAACCUGCUGCUGCCUCGGCGCAUGAAGAAAACAGACAUCUUCAGCUCUGGGAGGUGGCUGGGCUUGUUGGAGAAGGAGCCUGACUCCCCCAACCUGCAGGUCUCCCCCGCUGCCAAAGAGGCGCUUCUGACUCUGCUGGGGGACGGCGCGGGGAGCGCAGGGAGCGAGCCGCCCUGGCUUUCACGGAUUUUGGACUUUAAAAACUUCCUCCCUCCUCCUUUGGAGUCUCAACCCAGCAUGAAGCAGCUGCUCGACCGACUGGGACAUCAGCUGGAGGAGAUGCUGCUGUACUGUCGCUACCAGGGAGAGCUGUGCGGGCCGCGUAAUUUCAGCACCGUGAGUGUGUCUCCAAAGUCCCUCACCUUCCCAACAGGUUGA